AUGUUACCAGGGUGCCCAGGCUAUCGUGAGAUGGAACAGCUUGCUAUUGCCCACCGAGCCAAAAGUGACAAAGAGUCGGUUUUUAUUCAGCAGGUUGUGAACAUUGGUGGGACGCUUCCGAUCCCCCUGAAAGAGCUCUGUUUAGAAACAAAUGGCAAGAAACACUACUGCCUGGAAGUGCGCGCAGUUGCUGAAUAUGUCCUCGGAAGAUAUCCUCAAAAAUUGUUGGCUGGCUUUUCUGCUGAUGAUUUUGCGUGUUUCCAAAGCCUGUUGGAGGAAUAUUGGCAAUGCUACAAAAAAAUUUACCAAGAGCACCCAGUUUUUGAAGAUCACAAACAGGAACUGGGAAGGUGCAUACCAAUCAAGCUACACAGCGAUGAGGGAACUGGACUGCGCAAAACAGCUGUCUACCAAUUCAGUUGGGGUCCAAUUCUGUCUGAUGGUUUUGAACGUGGCAAUUCCGUGUUGGAUGAACUGUGCUCACAUUUGGCAGCGCAGGCUGCCAGCAUGUAUCGUGAAGGACUUGAAACUCCUUGGUUUGGAAAACUCUACUUCGUGUGGUGUGCCCACGAGGGGGAUUUGCCGGCCCAAGCGCGAGCUUACCAUUGCAAACGCAACUUUAACUGCGUGCCAAAUCCUAUGUGUGUAUGGUGUUCAGCAGACGAUUCGAACGUCCCUUACACAGAUUUCAGGCAGCAAGCGCUUUGGCGCACCACUCUUGGUGAUGAGCGUCCGUGGACCAACCCAAGCCCGCUUACAGAGAUACCUGGAGCGAGGAGUGAACAGUUCCUGUCAAAGGACUUGUUCCACAUAUGCCAUUUAGGCAUUGUCCGUGGAUUUGUCAUCAACCUCAUUUGCUAUUUGGUGCACGCAGGGCACUUUGACUCUGACCUUGAGGAAGGGGGCAGCAUUCCAGCUGGACUUGAGCAGGCUUACCGUGAGUUCCGUAACUUUUGCCGGAGGAUCAGGGAGACACCAAUGGUAAAACAUUUCACCCGUGAAAACUUGAGUUGGACAUCGCAGCACAAAUACCCGGAGUGCAGCUUUAAGGGUUCUGACACCCGUUUGCUGUUGCUUUUCUUGAUUAAUUUUCUGGAGGGCCCUGACAUUGCCUUGGAUGAUGUCAUGGCUGAUGCCUUUUUGUGCGCAAAGUCCAUCCAAGACUUUUUGAGUCUUGUCUUCAGUGUGAGGAACCCAUUUCUCGAUCGCGCAGAUGCACUGGAAUCAUUGGCUUUGCUGAAUUUGUGGUCAGAAAAAUACUACCACUGUGCCCGAAAAUGCUACGACCGUGGACUGUGUUUUUUUAGCCUCACACCCAAAUACCACUAUUUGAUGCAUGUGGCCUUUGAUGUCCAGAAACAGUUGGGAGUCUUUGAUAGUUCAGGCUUGAACAGAAUUCUCAACCCUGCGCUUUUCUCGACUCAGAUGGCAGAAGAUCAUGUGGGCCGGUCAAGCCGUUGCGCGAUCUGUGCACCCUGCAACUACCUCUAA